UCCAUCGUUGGUUGUGUUAAAUGCAUUAAGGUGCUUCAGAAAAAAAGAGUCCAAUAGACUUAUGUUUGCAAGCCGCCACCAUCAGUUUUUCUUUUUAUUUAUAAACAAAUCUUAAGCAUUUUCUUAAGGGAAAAACAAAAAAGGAAGAAGAUUUUAAAUGAUGGCCAACAGAAUCAUUCAAUUAUACAUAUGUGCAAGCUAUCCUAGACUUUAUGCUGCAAAGGAUGAGUGUACUAUUGCGACAAGGUUUAUGAGCGUAUCAAGAAGAUCCCAGGCUAAAGGAGAUUAAUAUGAAAGUGCAACGAAUCGAAAAAUCAACAACGUGCUUAGUCUUAACACUAAUCAAGCAAUUUGAUGAUCAAAAUACACUCCGUCAGAUGCUCUACAUCGCUGACAAUGUACCUAAUUUCCAUAUGUUGUUCAAGAUGCGCCCCUCUGAUCUGAUUUAUAAAAUCUAGUAGCCACAUUCAAAGAAUGUCAAACCUGCUGAAAAUGCAGACGAUAUUCUUGAAGACCAUGAGGAAAAUCCACAUGUUUUCUUUAAACGUUUACCCGAGGUUAUUGGCGACAUUUGGAAACGUAUAACGUCAGUGUGGGCGUGUAUACUGAAACAGUAUUUGAAAGAUAUGUACGCCCUACAGGCUAAGAAGACGUGCCCAAUUUCAAUUGCAGAAAUUAAGGAAUUGGUCAUAAAAUCAAGUGAUGUCUGUUUAAAUCCAGAAGAUGAGAAAGAUUUAUUUAUAUUUUUUCAGUUUAAACAACUUAUAAAUAAGUUUGAUCCAGAUGAUGCAUAUCUGCUCUUGAUAAAGAAAAAAAAUAAACAUGAUCAAGCUGGUGAGAGUAGUAUAGGAGCAAGAGCGGGCAGUGCGACAACGCCACAUGUAAAUAGUGUUAAUCAUACGAUGGUUUCAAGACCAUCCCAAAGCAAGAGAAUCGUUGGAUAGUAGCAGUGGAAAAAUUGCACCCAGCAUAGGCUUUGGAACGCCAACAUUACAGAACAAAUGAAUCAGAAACAACUAUUGGAAAAUUGACCCAAUGAAUAAUAAUAAUAAUAAUUAGUUUUUAACAAGUCUUGUUAUUUAAUUAAACAAUUUGGCGGAAAAUUGAUGAACAUACCUUUUGUUUUGAUCUGGAUUUGUUUUUAUCUCAAAACUGUUCUUACUUUGGUUCGAUAUAUAAAUAUAUUUAUCAAUAUAUAAAUGUUCAAUAAAUCAAUAGUACCUAUAAUAGUAUCUGGUUAGUAAUGAAAAUGACUUUUUUUAAGUUUUGAGAAUCACUUUGAAAAUUAACACCACACAAACUAACAAGUUAUUCUUUAGAAAUCUCGAAUAAACAUUAUUAUUUAAUGUUAUCACAAAAGCAAAAUUUCUUGAACAAUAUAU